AACAUAAGUAACAAUGGGAUUGCAGAAUGAGCAUUCAAUAAUUAAUUUGCAGUAUAUGAAAAUUACUGGAUUCUAUCAACUACUAAUACCAUCAGAUGGCGUAAAAUUAUUCAAUAUAAAUAUUUAUAAGACUGCAUUCAUCGUGCAAAUAUUAAUCCUUUCUGUUACCACAAUAAUGGGGUUUUAUAGCAUUUAUGCUUUUAUAAAUGAUGUAAAUCAAAUAUUUAAUUAUACUAUAAUAAUUUUCGCUGCUAACUUUGCAAUUUUUAAGUAUUACUUUAUAAUAAAAAAUGCAAAAACCAUUUGGAAUUUCAUGCAUAAUAUGAUGUCCACCAAUUUCUUGUGUUAUAAAGGCCACACGAAAGAAAUAUAUAAAAUUGGUCGAAAUAGAUCCUCAACUUUAAUAUUGAUUUCCUUUGGUCUAUGGUCAAAUAUCGUACUAUAUUGGAGCUUGUCGGCAAUUUUAAGCAAAAACAGUUAUUUUAAAUUAAAAUUCAAAGAUGGUGUUUAUAAUUAUCGUUCAAACGCUAUUGAUUUGGUUUAUCCAGUAACUGAUACAUUUUAUAAUAAAUAUUUUCUUGUAUUUUAUCUACUUGAAACAAUUUUAUUGAUAUUUUGGAGUCAAAUGAUGUGGGUUUUUGAUAUUUUAAUGAUUUCGGUGUGCAUAAGUAUUGAACACCAACUGAAGACUAUUGCUGCUUCAUACAGUUUAAUAGGCCUCAAUCAUAAUGAAUUGACUCGUAACAAUAAAAGUACCAAAAACGUUGAAGCUAUAUUAGAUUUAGAAGUACUGAUUCAAGAUCAACAAAAUAUUUUAGAAAAAACGAAAAAUAUGUAUCAAAUUCUUAAACCAGCUACAUUUAUUCAACUAGCAGCUGAAUCAUUUCAAAUUAUUUUACAGCCUUGUAUGAUUUUAAAGCUUUAUUUUGACGGAUCAUUAUCGCCAACACUUUUUUUUAAGUUAUCAUUUCCAGAAAUAACAUAUUUAUGCCAUUUAUUUCUCACUUGCUACUUGUUUAGCAUUGUUAAUGAGCAAAAAGAGUCCAUGAACUUUGCCCUUUAUAGUAGUAAUUGGACGGCUAUGAGUGUUAAAUUCAAAAAGCUACUAUUGUUUACAAUGCGAAUGAAUGAUGCUGAGAAUUUGAAGAUGCAAAUAUCAAUAAAAAGAAUGGUCAAUAUGGAAAUGUUUGCGGAUGUGAUGCACACAACUUAUAGUAUAGUAUCAGUAAUGACAAAAAGUUAUAGUACCUGAUUAUAGAAAUAUAAUUACAAGUAUAUGAGAACACUAUGAACUUUGGGUUUAUGUAUUAUGAAACUUUUUGGUAGUUGUGUAUUUUUUAAUUAGUGAGUUGAAAAAAUAAUUGAGAUUUCUGUACAUUACUUAUUUUAUAGAAGUAAGAAAUUAGAUGAAAAAUCGCAAUAUAAAAAUUUGAAGGUUCAAACUAUUUGAAAAUAUUAAGAAAUUAUAGAA